UUUCUCCUUCAUACGGUACCCGGCAAUAGCGGCGUGAUCGAAAAUAUUUCCAGCUGUUGAUUAUAGACUUUUGAUAAAUUGGGUGCACAUCAAAUAAUUGUCUGCAUUGUAUUAUGGUGAACUUUUAGUUCUCUUUUUUUUCUAUUCGAAUGGAUACUAAUCUUUUGAGUUAAAUCGGAUAAAAUAAAGAAACUACCAAAGCUACACAAUGGUUCAAGUGCGAUAUACUCGUAAUUUAUUCUUGCGAGGAAUGUGUAUCAUAUACCUCUUUGCAUUUCUUAGCUUUUACAUACAAAUUCCAGGAUUGUAUGGCGAUAAUGGAAUUCUACCAGCUAGAACUCAAUUGGAUUUAAAAAAUUGUGCACCUAUGGCUCACAAGUUACAGCAGAAACCAACAUUGUUAUGGUUUGCUCCUUAUAUUGGACUAAAUGUAGAAUACAUGUUGGAUGUAGUUUCGCUUAUUGGAAUUGUUCUCUCUUUUGCUGGGUUUAUUUCACAGAAGUUUUGCAUUGCACUGGUAUUUGCAUUACUUUGGGCAUUAUAUUAUUCUUUGUACCAAAUUGGCCAGACAUUUAUGUGGUAUCAGUGGGAUGUACUUUUAUUAGAAGCUGGAUUUCUAUGCACACUUGUUGCCCCAUUUUGGUAUUCUCAACAUGGAAAAAUAAGUACACCAAGUGAUGCUGUAACAUUCUGGACCGUACGUUGGUUACUUUUCCGCUUAAUGUUUUCCAGUGGAGUGGUAAAACUUACUUCUGGUUGUCCUGUAUGGUGGAAAUUGGAUGCUCUAAAUAUCCACUUCCAGUCACAAUGUAUACCUACUCCGCUAGCGUGGUACGCGCAUCAUCUGCCAGCGUGGUUUUUACGGUUCACUACGGUGAUCGUUAAUGUUCUCGAACUUGUCGUUCCAUUUUUAUUCUUCUUCCCAAAUAGGAAAGUGAGAAUAGCAGCAUUUUAUUCCCAGGUAUUCUUGCAAGUACACAUUAUAGCAACAGGAAACUAUAAUUUCUUCAAUUUCUUAACUAUUUGUUUGUGCACUUCUCUACUCGACGAUCAAUUCUUUUACAAAAGGAAAUCUAAGACCACUUCUUUCAAUUUUACGAAAUAUCUUUCUACGAUAUUGUGUAUAUUAGUGUAUGCAGGAAUCUUUUAUGGAACGUAUGUCUAUUAUAAUCUUCGAAUCUCAGAUAACUGGACAAUCCAAAGCGAUAUCGGGUUCACACAGGAACAAUUUGAUCAUGUACUGUCACGAAUAAUCCCGAUUUCUAUUUAUAUCGGUGUAAUAUCUCUUGGUAUUACGGUAGCAAAUGCAAUAGUCGCUUCUUUAUUAGCGGUAAAAGGACUGAAAAAUAAAAUUUUUACGACUUUUGUUACGGUUUUGUAUACAGUAGCAGUUUGUUUUAUCUUUGCUAUAAGUAUUGUACCAUAUUCUACGCUCCAUCAAGCACCUAAUUCCACGGUACCUGCUCAAUUAAAACAGGUGCAUAAGAAAGUGGAACAUCUUCAUUUGGUAAACAGUUACGGACUAUUUAGACGUAUGUCAGGCGUGGAAGGCAGACCAGAAGUGAUCAUCGAAGGAAGCGAUAACAUUGACGGGCCGUGGAAAGAAUACGAAUUUUUAUAUAAGCCAGGAAAUGUUAAUAAUUCGUUACCAUUUGUUGCUCCUCACCAACCACGACUCGACUGGCAAAUGUGGUUCGCUGCAUUGGGUACUUAUCAUCAAAAUCCAUGGUUAAUGUCUUUGGCCUAUCGCCUUUUGAGUGGUCAAUCCGAGGUUCUAAACUUAAUGAAUAACGUGGAGAACCCUUUCCGUGUAAAACCACCAAAAUAUAUCAAAGCUAGUCUCUAUCGUUACCAUUACACCCCAUGGAGUCAGUCGCGAGGCAAGCAAGCUUGGUGGACAAGAGAAAAGAUCGCGGAAUAUUUUCCGAUAUUAAGUCACGAUCACCCGCCACUCAUCGAAUAUUUAUCAAAAAAGAAAAUUAUUCAGGAUAAACCAACUUAUAAAGUUACAAACGAACCAUUGAAACUGUUCCUGGACAGCGUGAGAUCUGUGAUCCACAAAGUAGAAGCUAGUCUUCUGUUGUGGGGAGUUUUUACAGCAGGUUAUGCAAUCAUCAUAACUAACUAUAGUAGUUCUGUUUCAAAGAAAAAGUAACUAUUUGACUGAGUUUGACGGAAAAUAAUUUUCAACCGAAUAAGUCUGUAACGAAAUACGUAUACGUAUAAUGGAAACGGUCAUCAGGGUUUAGACACUUCCGUCAGUUUAACGAUAAGAAAGCUUGGCUUCUUUUGUCCCCUCGUAUGUAUUAUUGUCGGAUUAAUGUCGAAAAAUAUGUUACUUUUAACAGAAGGCUAUUACGAUUACCCUAUGCCAAUUCCAUGGAGUAUAUACGUAUAUGUAUCUAUUGGCAGUUUAAUUGAACGGUACAAAAUUAAAAACGUUAACGAAUAAUUGCUAAUUGCGUCGUGUAUCGAAUAUCGCGAAAGAAUCAUUCGAUAUAUGGAAAACCACAAGAUUUAUUUCUGUUAUUUGUUUUUCAAAAGCCAAGUUUUGGAAAACUUGUUUUGUUGCUUCUACGUAUUUAAAUUUUCUUUAAUAUUUACAUCUAUACGUAUGCGUUUUCUUCCUCAGUUUUCCUUGCAUAUAAACAGUGCAUUCACCGCAACGAUGUUUUUAUAUUAACUUUCACCGUUUCAAACUGUGUAAGGCAGUCUCUUUUUACCUAGCUUAAGUUCUUCUGCGAAAAUGCAGAAAUGCAAUAGAAACAAGACGAGUAUGGUAUUUUUU